AUGAGUGAAAAAAUUGAUACUAAUAUUUUAAAGAAAUAUGAAAUAAUGAAUAAGAUAGGAAAAGGUGCAUACGGAAUAGUUUGGAAGGCAAGAGAUAUAAAAUCUCAGCGUAUAGUUGCUUUAAAGAAAGUGUUUGAUGCUUUUAGUAAUCCAACUGAUGCCUAACGAACGUAUAGAGAAGUUAGCUUUUUAAAGCAACUAAAUCAUCCUAAUAUAAUUCAAUUAAUUGAUACAUUUCCUGCAGAAAAUCAAAAUGACAUUUAUUUGAUUUUUGAAUAUAUGGAAACUGAUCUUCACGUUGCCAUUCGAGCCAAAAUCUUACAACCACUUCACAGAAGAUAUAUCAUAUAUUAGUUAUUUAAAGCUCUGAAGUAUAUUCAUUCUUCAGGGAUGAUACACAGAGAUUUAAAGCCUGCAAACAUUUUAUUAGACUCAGAAUGCAAAAUAAAAUUAGCAGAUUUUGGAUUAGCCAGAAUGGUUUGCACAUUAGAAUCAGAUAUAUUAACAGAUUAUGUGGCGACGAGAUGGUUCAGAGCCCCUGAAAUUUUGUUAGGAUCAAAAUCAUAUUCAUUUGGAGUUGAUAUGUGGUCUAUUGGUUGUAUGAUUGGAGAAAUGAUACUUGGGAAGGCCUUGUUCUCAGGAAUUUCUACAAUAAAUCAAUUGGAAAAAAUAAUUGAAGUUUUAGGCAUACCAACACCUGAAGAAAUUUAGAGUUUAGGAGGUUAAAAUUAAUUAUUUGAUAAAUAUCCUAGAAAUUAUAAGUCUAAUUUGAAAGUAAUUUUGAAUUGUGAUGAUGAUGAGUUAGAUCUCAUAAAAAAACUGUUAGUCUAUGAUCCAAACAAGAGAAUUUGUGUAUAAGAUGCUUUAAAGCAUCCUUAUCUUAAGGAAUUUUAUAAUCCAAAAGAGGAAAUCACAUUUAAAGGAUAAUUAAUGCUAAAACUACAAGAUGAUAAACAGUAUCCAGUCUCUUAAUAUAGAGACUUAUUAUAUAAAUAAAAUUUAGAUUUGAACAAAAUUUUAACUCUAGUUAAUAAAUAAAAAUCUCUUAUAUAAAACCUUUAGAGCAAUCGAUCGGAUGCCUUAAAAAAAUAGUAAAGUUAAUAGUAGUUCUUAAAUCAAUAAUUUGCUAAAAGUGCCUUUAUGAAGAGCAAUUCAACGGUCAAUAUAGAAAAAAGCGUUAAUAAAACAGCUACAGCAACAUUACAUAAUAGUAAUUCAAAGCAACCUCAAAAUAGUAAUACAAAUUCUUCAACUUAAAUUAAGAACAAAUUGAAAUAAAUUUGUUUAUAAUCUGCUGAUAAAUGUGAAAUUGUAGUCCAAAAAAAAUCUCCAAAUUCUAAAAUAUUGCCAUAACCAAAACUUAUCUAAUCUAACUCGAAACAAUAAAUUUUGAAUAAUGUUACCAAUACAUCCAUUAGUCCAUCAUAAUCAUAAUAGCGACUAUAGAUUAUCAGGCAACAACAUCAAUAAAUAUAAAAAUGA